CUUAAGAUCUCAGAAUCAAGAUUAUCAUUUAUCUUCGAGCGUCUUUCAGCCGCAUACAAUGGGUCAUAUAUGUAAAGCUGAGCAUACGAAGGGUUGGAAUCAUUAUCAGUGGGCAGUAAAGGGCCUUGAAGGUGAUAUAUAUUUUAUGCCGCGUCUAGGUGGCUUAUGUAUAUUUACAAAGUCCGAAAUUUUUUCUGCUACGGCAAUUGUAAAUUGUUGAUGAAGGGGCGUAUGUCAGAAUCCUUCCCUUUUCACCGAGCCUUCGAGAUACACUAUGACCUUGGCCGUUGAUCUUCUUAACCCUUCUGUUGAACACGAGAAGCGUUCCCACAAGCUCAAGAGACUUGUUCAAUCUCCCAACUCCUACUUUAUGGAUGUCAAGUGUCCUGGUUGUUUGAACAUUAGCACCGUCUUCAGCCACGCUCAAACCGUCGUUUUGUGCUCUUCUUGCGGUACUGUCUUGUGUCAACCCACUGGUGGUCGUGCUCGCUUGACUGAAGGUUGUUCCUUCCGUAGAAAGGCAAACUAAGAAAGAAUGAGCCUUGUAAACUAUUGUGUACAUUUUUAUUCUUUUUUCUUUUGUGUAGGGAAUAAAAAAAAAGUUUCUUUUUUCUCUCCUUUUUUUCAUUUGUUCAAUGUUGAAAUUUCUUUAUGG